UCCAAAAGACAGAAAACUGAAAAAUACGAGAGUUUAAAAGCUUAAGAAUAUGCGAAAAGAUGAACAAAAAUGUUAAGAAAAAGUGGACGACCAAGCCGAUCUGCUGAGCAUAGAUGACGUGAUUGCCGAUCGUUUUGUAGUGGAAGAAAAAAUUGGACAAGGAAUAAAAGUGGAACCACCGCAUUAUGGAGAACUGGACAGCUCACCGAACGAUCCUCGUCGUUUGGUCAUUGAGCAACAGGUCCUUUUGUCACUACGCGCAAAGGAUAAUAUACCGGUGAUUUAUGCAAGUGGUAAGACCGGAAGGAAUUGUCCAUAUAUUGUUAUGCAGAUAUUAGGGAAGAAUUUGACAACACUACGUAAGGAUCGCCCGGAACCAAAAUUUACCGCAUCAACAGCAUUUCGAGUGGGCGAACAAGUGCGUGCUUCGGUUGCGCAUGCGUUGCAGUAUUUACACGAAGCCGGCUACAUACACAGGGAUGUAAAACCAUCGAACUGCUGCAUUGGAGCAAAACCGAACACAUCCACCAUAUAUCUGGUUGAUUUUGGUACUUUUUUCACUAAUCUCAUUUUGACUGAAACUGGGGGGGUCUGGAACCAACAAAUCUUUUUUUAAUC